AUGCGUGUUUACAUGAGGAGAUGUGAGCGGAUUCACAUGGAGGGGUGCCGCGAUGAGGAGACCCCGGGAGAGAAGGGGCUGGUCAUUCUGCAGGGUGAUGGGCCUGUGGGAGGCAAGGUGACUGGUGUGCCUGAGGCUGUGGGGGAGGGCCAAGCCCCUAGUCCAACAGCAGCCCAGGCCAACUUCGCCCCCCACUUCUUCGACACAUGGGUCGGCAGCACUGAUGGGAACGUGGCUCUAUUCAGCCUCCCAGAGGACACCCCUGUCGGUUCUCAUGUGUACACCCUGAAUGGGACAGACCCCGAGGGAGACCCUGUCUCCUACAACAUCCGCUUUGACUCCAGCGCUAGAAGCAUCUUUUCCAUUGACCCCAAUUUUGGAAACAUCACACUGGUUGAAGAGCUGGACAGGGAGAGGGAGGAUGAGAUUGAAGCCAUCAUCAGCAUUUCUGACGGCCUAAAUCUGGUGUCAGAAAAAGUCAUGAUCCUAGUGACGGAUGCCAAUGAUGAGGCACCCAGGUUCAUCCAGGAGCCUUACACUGUCCAGGUUCCUGAGGACACACCUGCUGGGAGCAGCAUCUUCAAGGUUCAUGCUGUGGACAGGGACACAGGUUCCGGAGGAAGCGUCACCUACUUCCUACAGAACAUGCAGCCCACCAGAUUUUCCGUGGACCACCACAGUGGCGUGCUGCGCCUCCAAGCUGGGGCCACCCUGGACUAUGAGAAGGCCCAGGCCCAUUUCAUCACCUUGGUUGCCAAGGAUGGCGGAGGGAGGCUGCGAGGGGCUGAGGUGGUGUUCUCUGCCACCACCACGGUCACAGUCAGCGUGCAGGACAUGCAGGACAUGGUCCCUGUCUUCGUGGGCACACCCUUCUAUGACUAUGUGUAUGAGGACACCAUUCCGGUGACUGAGGUCAGCUCUGCAGGGAGCCCAGCUGCCCCGGCCACAGUCCCUGUCACCAUAAGGACUGUGGACUUCAACAACCACCCACCUACAUUCUAUGGAGAGAGUGGACCCCAGACCAGAUUCAAGCUGUCCAUGUAUGAGCACCCGCCACAGGGGGAAAUCCUGCAGGGCCUCAGGAUCACUGUCCAUGACUCAGACGAGGAAGCCAAUGCCACAUUCAACCUGCAGCUGGUGGGAAUCGGGCAUGUCUUUCGAGUGGUACCACAGACAGUCCUGAAUAAAGCCCAAGUCACAAUCAUCGUGGAGAAUUCAGCUGCCAUUGACUUUGAAAAGUUCCAGGUGUUAACCUUCAAGCUUCUGGCCAUUGAAGCAAACACUCCGGAGAAGUUCAGCUCCACAGCAGAUGUCGUGAUUCAGCUCCUGGACACCAAUGACAAUGUCCCCAAGUUCACCUCUCACUACUAUAUUGCCAGGAUUCCUGAGGAUGCCCCAGGGGGCUCCAGUGUGGUGGCUGUCACAGCUGUGGAUCCAGACACAGGUCCUUGGGGUGAAGUCAAAUACUCCCUGUAUGGGCCAGGGGCAGACCUCUUUCUGAUUCACUCACCCACUGGGAUCAUCUACACCCAGCCCUGGGCCAACCUGGAUGCUGAGGCCACUGCGAGGUACCACUUCUAUGUGAAAGCCGAGGACAUGGAAGGCAGGUACAGCCUGGCGGAGGUGAUCGUCACUCUGAAUGAUGUCAAUGACCACUACCCCCAGUUUGGACAGAGAAUCCAGGAGAAGACGAUGGUGCUGGGGACCCCAGUGAAAAUUGAGGCCAUAGACCAGGAUGCGGAGGAGCCCAGCAACCUGGUGGACUAUUCCAUCAUCCAGGCAGAGCCAGCCAACGUGUUCAACAUCGAUGCACACACGGGGGAGAUCCGACUCAAGAACUCCAUCCGCUCCCUGGAUGCUCUGCAUAAUAUCACGCACAACAGAGGGUGCACAUGGUCCCUAGAGGUGCAGGCCAAGGACCGUGGCUCCCCGUCCCUCAGCACCACGGCCUUACUCAAAAUUGACAUCACAGACCCUGAGAUGCUGUCCCGAAGCCCCAUGGACACCCUCCUGAUGCAGACCAGAGACAACCCAAUGAAGGCUGUGGGGGUGCUGGCCAGCAUCAUGGUCAUAAUCCUGGCCAUAACAGUCCUUGUCUCUACUGCCACCUUCUGGUGCAACAAGAAAUCCAACAAGGUCCUGCCGGUGCGGCGAGUGCUCCGCAGGCGGCCCAGCCCUGCUCCCUGUGCUGUCCCCACCAAGGAGAUCCAGUCCAGCAGGGCCGAGGCUGCUGCCAAGUUUGUUCCCCAGGAGAACCCUCCCAACGAGAGCUGCAGCAGCGGCCCAGGAAGGGCCCCAUCCCCCAGAGCCCCAGCUCUCCCUCCUCCACCCAGAAUGGCGCUCAGCACAGGGGCAGCCCCCUGGACUGUGCCUAUGGUCUCUGGCUCACUCACCUCUCUGCAACCUCAAUGGUCACCCAAACCCAAAGCCCUGGGAAGCCCCAUCCGGUCAGCUCUGGUCUCUGAGCUCAGGCAAAAGUUUGAGAAGAGAACAGCUAAUGCGGCUGAUUUAUAG